AUGCAGAUGCGCCAAAGAACGCUGUUAUUGAAAGUGGGAGAAAAUUACAAACGCAGGGCGGAUGGUGCGGCGGUAAAUGGCAAAGAAAAGCUGUUUGCUGUAGCCGAGGUGGUUGGGGAUACGGCGGAUACGGCGGUGGAUACGGCGGCUAUGGAGGUUACGGAGGCUACGGUGGUAUGGGAGGCUACGGUGGUAUGGGAGGCUAUGGUGGCAUGGGAGGCUAUGGUGGUUACGGAGGUUGGGGAGGAUACGGCGGUUACGGUGGAGGUUACGGAGGAUAUGGCGGUUACGGCGGUGGAUACGGAGGAUAUGGUGGUUACAGAGGCUGGGGUGGUUACGGAAGAGGAUAUGGAUAUCAUGGCAAGAAAUACUGAACGAUGUCUGGACUACCAUAGAUGCCUUUAUAAAAACGACUGGAAUCAAAUGGACUUGAACCUUCUUAAUCAUUCAUAUUAUGCUCAUGUUGAAAAAAAGAAUAAAAAAAAUAAAUAUCAAGUAAAAUAAAUACAAUGUAUUUAUCGCA